AUGGACAACGCAGAGCUCACGCACAUGGACCGCCUCACCCAGACACAGAACUCCAUCGAUGACCUCAUCCGCAUCAUGUACUCGACACUCGGGUACCUCUCGCGCAAGGCUUCGUUCAAGCAGAUCAAUCCCAACUUUCCCGUCACGCAGGCGAUUCAGGGGGCGGACCCGGAGGAGGUGUUCGAAGCAAACCGCAAAGAACUCGUCCACGACUUCCUCCUCAAAGCGAAACAACUCGAGCUGCUCAUCUCUUCUCUUCCCUCUACGCCGCCCGGUCCAACUUCAGUUGAAGGGGACGACGCGGACGAGUUUGAGGACCUGGAGAGGGAGGUGAGGAGUGUGAAUGGGGAGUAUCUGGAGGCGCUGGGAGAGGCGGAAUCCCUCCACGCACAGCUUCAAGCCUCGCUCGCCGGUGUCCUCGAAACCCGCAGCACGUCCACCGCGACAACCUCCUCUUCCGCGCCAACUGCGGAUCCUACAGCAGCACCAGUAGCGUCUUGA